AUGGAUGAUGGAGUUCGAGAUAAGUUACUUCGACAUGUAGAACAAGAAGAGGAAGAAGGUGACCUGAAAGGGAGGAUUUGGGAUGAAUCACGAAAGAUAUGGAGGGUUGCGUUACCAGGUGUCAUAUCAAGAGUAUGUGCAUUUGGAACCAUUGUUGUCACACAAUCAUUUAUUGGCCAUAUUAGUAAGCUGGACCUUGCCGGUUAUGCCCUUGUUCAAACACUCAGUGUCCGAUUCGUCAAUGGAAUCCUCUUGGGAAUGUCGAGUGCUACUGAAACUCUUUGUGGACAAGCAUUUGGAGCAGGACAGCACCACAUGAUGGGCAUUUACUUACAAAGAUCUUGGAUCGUUGACUUGAUUACCUUAACUGUCUUGCUACCAAUUUUCAUCUUUGCGACACAAAUUUUCAAAUUUCUAGGUGAAGACGAGGCUGUAGCAAAUAGUGGUGGAUAUAUAUCUCUAUGGUUCAUCCCUUUUGUUUACAACUUUGUCUUCAGCUUGACUGUACAAAUGUAUCUACAAGCACAAUUGAAAAACAUGGUCAUUGCGUGGCUUUCAAUCAUCCAGUUUGGGAUCCAUAUCCCUUUGUCCUUACUAUUUGUGUAUAAGCUAAACCUUGGGGUUGGUGGUGCAAUGAUUGCAUUGUCUAUGUCUUCAUGGGUUCUUGUUAUCGGAGAAUUUGUGUACAUAUUUGGUGGUUGGUGUCCUUAUUCUUGGAAAGGAUUUACGGUAGCUGCAUUUAAGGAUCUGUUUCCAGUUGUCAAGCUUUCGAUAACUUCUGGUGUUAUGGUCUGCUUGGAGUUAUGGUAUAAUGCCGUGCUGGUACUACUUGCGGGGUAUAUGGCAGAUGCAGAGGUUGCUAUAUCCGCCUUUUCCAUAUGCCUGAACAUCAAUGCAUGGGAAUUCAUGAUCAGUCUCGGAUUCUUAGGGGCUGCAUGUGUCCGUGUUGCGAAUGAGUUAGGAAGAGGAAAUGCUAAAGCUGCAAAGUUCUCAAUUAAAGUCUUGUUGGGCACUUCUCUUGCCAUAGGAGUGUUUUUCUUUGUUCUUUGCUUGGUUUUUGGAAGAAAAAUAGCUUAUGUAUUUACAGAUGAUGAAAGAGUGGCAGAUACAGUAUCAGACCUUUCGCUACUGCUUUCUUUUUCAGUUUUACUGAACAGCAUUUAUCCGGUUCUCUCAGGUGUGGCGGUUGGAGCCGGAUUGCAGGCCAGCGUAGCAAUCGUGAACCUUGUAUGCUUCUAUGUGAUUGGUAUUCCGAUUGGUGCUUUGCUUGGUUACUUGACUAACCUUGAAGUAAAGGGUAUCUGGAUAGGAAUGAUCUUUGGCGUUGUUACUCAAACAAUUGCGCUUGUUUAUAUGGCAUGGACAACGGAUUGGGAUGAUCAGGUUAAGAGGGCUUCGGAACGGCUAUAUCGGUUUUAUGUGAAGUCGUCUGAGGAUCAGUCACAAACAGACUAGGAGAAUGUUGCUU